AUUCCUAGUUUUGUAUUUAUUUAUGUUAUGGUUGCCGAAUAAACCGCAUGGUGUUUGAGAUCAAUGUUGUUCACUGGCGUGGUGGCAGCCCACAAUGUCCGACAAACAGGAUUCCUAGGCAUCGUUUGCCUUUAUAUCUACACAGUCGGUGAUCAACUCUGCUCAAACAAGUGUAUUUCAAGACGUUUUCGUCGUAUUCACUGGACGUGCACAUAACUUCGUGAGUGCUUGCAAUUUCGUGAUAUUAUUGUAAUUGAAAUCAUGGCUCACGAUCGGACUCCAAAACAGUGGCAAAUGACCAAACAUGACACCAUAAACUCGUUUUAAAACUGGCGACAGAAUUUCGUUGAUAUCCUGUCAUUAGAUGACAAUUUCGCCCCUUUUCUCGCAGAAGAUUUGAAACUGCCGGUAAUCGUACUCGGGGCUUACAGGAUGAUGACGAAAAUGUCCAGCAAUGCCAGCGAAAAACUGCAGCGCAGAAAAAUGUGCAGCUAGACCUGAUGCUCGGUCAGAUAGCGAAUUAUUGUGGUGUCAUAUCUAGAAAUUCUAUCAUCAGACACUCCAUGUCAGUUCGUGACAUUUGGCAGAGAAAAUUAGACAGCAUUACCUGUCGCAAUCCACAGGAUCCCAUUUCCUAGACAUCGUUGACAUAAAACUUCAGACAGAUGAACAUCCCGAGGACUUAUAUCAAAGGCUUGUUGCGUUCGUAGAAGACAACCUUCUCACUGCCGGAUGUGGCAUUCAACACCAUGGUCAGGAACCAGUUGUUGAUGAAGAUCUCUCCCCUACCAUGGAAAACAUGAUUGUUGUGUUGUGGUUACAGCUGAUCCAUCCUGGUCUCCCUCAGCUUGUCAAGCAAAAGUAUGUGUCGAACUCCGUAAUCAAACUCUGGCGGCCACUCAAACCUGAGAUUUCACAAGCCCUAUCAUCAUUGCUGGAGGAACUUCGUAACACUGAAGACACAAAAGCCUCCAGGGCUUGUAACGUCCACCAACCCAAACGACAAUCAACCACCCACUGGUCACAACCAGAUGUCUGAGAAAGCUUCGACUGACCCAAGUCAGGAUGCGAGCCAGAGCAAGGCUGUACCAUCAGUGCCAGUGGACGACGCAAGACUCUGAUCUACAAGCGACUCUAUUACAAGCAGACCGUGACCUCUACUCUGCCAGCAGGGACGGUAACCAGGAGUUUGUGAAGCUGCUCCUGUCUGUGGGGCAUGCAAACAUUAACACUAGAGGAAACUGGAACAGGACACCCGGUGAUGGAGGCAGCACUGAGCAGACACAGAGAUGUGGUGAAGCUCCUGGUCAGGAAAGGAGCAGAUAUCUCACUGGUUGAUGAGGUCGGUUACAACAUCCUUCACUUGGCCUGUCAGGGAGGAGACGUGGAGACUGUGAAGUUGGUCCUCUCCCUGGACAUGCUGGCCGUCAACAGUAGAGCAUUGAAGAACAGGACACCGGGUAUGUUGGCAGCAAGGGAAGGACACAGAGAUCUGGUUGAGUUCCUUGUGAGUAAAGGCGAAGACGUGUCACUGGUGGAUGAAUAUGGCAACAACAUGCUUCACUACGCAUGUACAAAAGGAGACAUAGAGACUGUGAAGUACAUACUGUCUCUGAACGUGGUGGACAUCAACAGUAGAGGAUGGAACAGCAGGACCCCAGUGAUUGAUGCAGCAAGUGGGGGUAACAGGGAUGUGGUGAAUCUUCUUGUGGCUAAUGGGUCAGAUGUGUCACUGGUGGACGUUGAUGGCAACAACAUCCUUUACUACGCCAGUGUAAGUGGAGACAUGGAGACUGUGAAGUACAUAUUGUCUCUGAACAUAGUGGACAUCAACAGUAGAGGAUGGAACGGCAGGACACCAUUGAUGGAGGCAGCAAAUCUGGGUAACAGCGAUGUGGUGAAUCUUCUGGUGAGUAAUGGGGCAGAUGUGUCACUGGUGGAUGAUGAUGGUGUCAACGUACUUCACAUGGCCUGUGAGGAGGAAGGUGACAUUGAGAUUUUGAAAUCUGUUCUGUCUUCGAACUUGGUGGACAUUAACGUCAGGGACGGCAGUGGGCAGACAGCGGCUGACGUGGCAAGAUUCUGGGGACACCAGGAGAUGUUGGAUCUCCUGCUGUCAUACGACGCUCAGUGAAGUCGGUGUUGAUGGAGUCAGAGAUAGAGAUAUGUCAUUACUGAGACUGACGUGGCGUGUGCCCUUCUCAUAGUCAUGGGUCAGUUUUCAUGAGACAGGUGGGUUCUAGUUUCUUUCCGACAAUAAAUAAAAUUUGUUGAAGCCAU